UAUUCAUCAGCCGAAAAGUCCCUAUACUUUGUUUGUUUGUUUGUCAAACAGUGAUUUUUUUUUGUUUUUUUGUUUCUCUUUUUCAUUUCUUAUAAAAGAAAACAACAAAAAAAUCAAUAUUGUUGGACAUCAAUUUUGACUUGUGAUAAGUUUUUCUUCUUCUUCGUUUUGUGAUAUUUUUUUUUUCUUUGAAAAAUAAUUUAAUAACAACAUGGCUACAACAGCAGAAAAUUCCAUUUCAAUAGAUCAAAAUAUUGAUCCGGAAUCCAAUCAUAAUAACCACAAUAAUAAUAAUAAUAAUAGACAGCAACAACAACAUUUGAAUACAAAUAGUGAUCGUGAAUGGAAAAAACAUUUCUAUUCACGUAUUAAAAAUAAUCUUUGGUUAUUUGGUUUUUUAGGUAGUUUUUUCACUACAUUCAUCUGUAUUAUGCCCUAUGCAUUAACAUAUCAAAAUGGUCAUUAUCAUCCAAUAUUUCCAUAUGUAUCGGAUUCGGCAUCAUUUCCACCUGUUGCUAGUUAUUUUUCACAAUCAUUAGAUAUGAUUGCCAUAAUAUUUGCAAUUACAGUAUGGGCACGUUAUAAACAAAUAAAAUAUUAUCUUAAUAAUAAUUCAUUCACAGAUUCAUUGAAUAAAAAUAACGAUCAAUCAUCAUCAUCAUCAUAUAAUCUACAAUUACUUUAUCGUUUAAAUUUAUAUUUUUUAUUUUUUGGACUAUUAUCAUCAUUUGGUUUAGUUUUUAUUGGUAAUUUUCGUACUGUUGAAAAUAUGACCGGACAUUUAAUCGGUGUUACAUUGAUAUUUAGUUUUAUUCCAAUUAUAUUACUUAUUCAGAUUUAUCUAAUUGAACAAUUAUAUCGUUAUAAUCAAAUUGAAACACGUGCAAUUAGUUUAAUAAUUAUAACAAUAAUUAAUAUUAUAUCAACAUUUAUAAGUAGUUUAACAGCAUUGAUUGCUGUACUUUAUCAUGGUACACCAUUCAAAUAUUGGGAUAAUAAUUUUCGUUUAUAUUGGUCAUCCGAAAUGGAUGGUUAUCAUUGGCAUCUAACAAGUACGGUUGCCGAAUGGAUUGCCAUUGUUUCAUUUGCACCGAUAUUAUUUUCAAUAUCAAAACGUAUACGUUCGUUUAAACAUUGGGAUCAAAUUCAAUUCUAAUUACCAUUCUUAUCAUUUAAUUACCAUUAUUAUCAUCAACCAAAUGAUAAUAUAAACAUGUAUUCCUCGACUCAUUUAUUUACUCGAUUAUUUACUUUUUCUUUCUUUUGGUCUCUUUUCUUUUUUUUCGCUUGUAAUAAUAAUAAAUUUCUCAAUUUUUUUCGA